UUGAGGUCAGUAUCCCUUGGCUUGUGCGCUGAUACUGUUGCCAUAGCAACAUGCAUCCCUAGCGUCACCAAAGCAAAUUUGUACGUGACAAUGUCAAGGUCCGUACUGAUAAGAAACUUUACUUCAAGCGAAAACAGGUACUUAAAAAGAAAAGUUAAAACCUACAUGCAGGCAAAAGCAUGCAUCAUUUGACAAAACUGUGAGGUGGAGGGGAAAUUGUAGUCGAUUGAGAAACAGUUUUUUUUGUUUGUUUGUUUUUUUCUGGGAAAAACGUGAAAGAAAAUUUUAAGAAGACUAGCAAGCAGCCUCAGCCACACGUUUACGCUGUAUUCGCCGUGUUUUAUAUUUAGUGAAGCAAAGUAAAACACAGAGAAUAUGGCGCGAGAAGUGAGCAUGACCAGCCAAAGGCAGGGUUUUUGGAAAGAGGCACUGUUAAAGGAAACAUCGAUCAGACUUGCAUGGCAUAGAGACAUAGGAAAAAAGUACGCGAAAACUGCGACAAGAAGAACCCACGACAUUAAAACCGUACUGCCUACGAUUCCUGUUAUUAAAAAGCAAGAGAUAAAAGAAAAGGAUGUUGCUGAGAAACUUCGUUUAGUGCAGGAAAAAAUGAAACCUGUUGACGAUCUUGUAGAAAUGAGACCAGUUUCUGCGGAAACGAAGGUGGUGCUUUAUCACGGGUUCUCCAAAGAUGAGACGGGCAGGCACAAAUACCUCCAAAAAAGAAAACUGAAGAAACCUGAAGAGAAAUACACCUACCCACUGACCUCUAACUGGGCGUAUGGCUGGGAUCAAGGCCAUAUGGAAAAAACAUAUGUUCCACCCCACGGAAAGUCACGCAUUGUUCAAGAUACCUUUUUAAGAAAAAGUGGGGUCUUCUCAGGAUCUUUUUAGAUGAACAGACUUUUCAUAAAGCAUUCAUGUGGUACUAGCUAAAAAUGAAAGCCAGCUUCUAGUGCUGGAAUGACAUUGUUAAUAACGGCGUUUUGUAAAAUGCCAUUACAGACAUCCUUAAUGCUCCUUACUAAAUACAGUAAAAUCAGAAAAUAAACGUUUACAACAGAAGCAAAGUAAGAAGAAAAUAUUUUAUUAAAUAAGGCAAUUCACACAUUGUCCUUAUCAAAAUAAUUCCAACAGUUUUGU